GUAGUAUUAUGAAUAUUGACUAACUGACCGUCACCAUGUACACCACUCUUCACGUGCUCAGUUGUUUAUUGAUACCCACAAUAACAGUGGCGAUUUCGGUAGUUCCAGAAGAGAUCCGGAUGGAUUGGGUCAGUACCGCUGAACCCUUUCGAACAGAUUGCGAAUGUGAGAGUGGGAUAGCGCCGGAUUUGUCGCAGCGAGUUCUGUCAUUAGCCGAUUUUCCCAACGACUCCUGUCUUAAGUCUUACAUGUUUUGCAUCGAUACGAAGUUAAACCUGAUCAACCCAGCGACGUACGAACUUAGAGUAAAUGAGUACGUAGAUCGCGUGGCAGGAGUUGACCAUACGAUCGCCUCAAAAUGCGUAAAUGCGACCAGUGGCCUCAAAGAUCCGCGCGAAAAGGUUUACCAAAUGAGUCUUUGUAUUGUAUUUUCUCUGGUGCAGCCUCCCAUUUCAAUUCCCUGAGGUGUUUCUACUAACCCCCUUUUCGUGUAGUGUUCACUCUAUUAAUUCUUGAAACCGUUUCGGAUGAAGGGGCCACAACUGUAUACCGUAAAUACUAUUUCAUAGUAACUUAAUUAAAAUAAUAGAAUUGAUGUGAUUCAGAACAAUCGUAAGAAAUAGAAACCUUGGGUUAUUGUA